UAUCAAACCAUUAGAAGUACAAUCAGGUGUUGUUUUGGCAACACUGUCUACAAAAUUAAGAACCAUUGGGCUUUUUCAAUAAAUAUUGCUAUUUGCUAGCGGAAGGGACAAAGCAUCAUAGCGGAAGGGACAAAGCGUCAUAGCGGAAUAUACAUCAAAAAUUGUUCAGUUAUAUUUAAAUAUCUACCGUAGUAAUUUUGUUUUAAAAUGGCAGAUCCAUUGAUCAUGUUACGGAUGUAUAAUAUCGAUAAAAAAAAAAUCCGAAUUAACGACAAUGACAUAUUAUUCGGUGAUCUGUCCUGGCCAAAAACUUUCGAGUCAAAUUAUUUUGCUUAUGAGUAUGUACUGAUAUUUUUAUUAAUUUGAGAACAAUCAUUGUUGACAUUUAUGAUAUAAUAACAAGAAAUUCGGAAUGUAUAUUCGAACAGAAUUUCUAUAAUUGUUAUCGGUUAAGGUUUUAAAAGGACAUGUUCACCGGUUAUACAUUCUGAAUUUCUUGUAAGAGAUGUAUUCUGAUUGUUUUGUUUAUUCAUUGUUUUAGUACUAUUGAUUCAAACCUAAAUUAAUAUAACAUGUAUCUUUUGGCUUUCAUUAAUGUAUUAUGUAUUUACAUUUUACUUAAUAUAUUUGUUUUAGCUCUGGUAAAAAUGGUUCAACAAGAAGAUAUUAUACAUUGGAAUGUCUGUUGUUUUUAUUAAACAAUGCAACUCUCAGACAUUCAGAGUAUGUGCAACAAGCAAAAGUUAGUAAUUUGUUAUUGGUUAAUCAUUGAUUACUUGUCUGAUUUACUUUUUAUUUAUGUUUUAUACUGUAAUUCUAGGCUAAAAAUGUUCCGUAUAUACGAAGACCUGAUCGUAAACCACUUUUAGCUUAUUUAAGUGGUGAAUCACCUUCAUGUGAUAAUAUUGAUUAUGACUCGACACUACAAAAUCUAGAUUUCUAGAUUCUAAAUUAAUUUAGACAAUAAACUUGCUUUUUAAUUUGCGAGUUAAUCAAACUACUAAACAAUUACGAGAAAAAUGUUUACUACGUUUUGACAUUUGCUAUUGUAAAUACCUAUUGUGAUGUACUCUUUCAUAGGACAGUACUCUUUUUUGAUGCAUUGUCCUAUGUCUUAAUUGUACUUUUAUUAUUUUUUUUUGGAAAAUUACAAAUAAUAAAUAUAAAAAUGUAGGAAACAUA